AUGGAGUCAUUUGGGAGUUUCAUGGCAGAGUUAUCUGAAGCAAUACGAAGAUUCAAUAUUUGGAUUGCUGGAAGUAAACAUAGCACCUCAUGUUUGGCAUCUGGUAGUAAACAUAGCACCUCAUAUCUGGCAGCUGGUAGUAAACAUCGCACCUCAUGUUUGGCAUCUGGUAGUAAACAUAGCACCUCAUAUCUGGCAGCUGGUAGUAAACAUCGCACCUCAUGUUUGGCAUCUGGUAGUAAACAUAGCACCUCAUGUUUGGCAUCUGGUAGUAAACAUCGCACCUCAUGUUUGGCAUCUGGUAGUAAACAUCGCACCUCAUGUUUGGCAUCUGGUAGUAAACAUCGCACCUCAUGUUUGGCAUCUGGUAGUAAACAUCGCACCUCAUAUUUGGCAGCUGGUAGUAAACAUCGCACCUCAUAUCUGGCAGCUGGUAGUAAACAUCGCACCUCAUAUUUGGCAGCUGGUAGUAAACAUCGCACCUCAUAUCUGGCAGCUGGUAGUAAACAUCGUACCUCAUAUUUGGCAGCUGGUAGUAAACAUCGCACCUCAUAUUUGGCAGCUGGUAGUAAACAUCGCACCUCAUAUCUGGCAGCUGGUAGUAAACAUCGCACCUCAUAUCUGGCAGCUGGUAGUAAACAUCGUACCUCAUAUUUGGCAGCUGGUAGUAAACAUCGCACCUCAUAUUUGGCAGCUGGUAGUAAACAUCGCACCUCAUAUCUGGCAGCUGGUAGUAAACAUCGCACCUCAUAUCUGGCAGCUGGUAGUAAACAUCGCACCUCAUAUUUGGCAGCUGGUAGUAAACAUCGCACCUCAUAUCUGGCAGCUGGUAGUAAACAUCGCACCUCAUAUCUGGCAGCUGGUAGUAAACAUCGCACCUCAUAUUUGCUAUCUGGUAGUAAACAUCGCACCUCAUAUUUGCUAUCUGGUAGUAAACAUCGCACCUCAUAUUUGCUAUCUGGUAGUAAACAUCGCACCUCAUAUUUGCUAUCUGGUAGUAAACAUCGCACCUCAUGA